UCCACUGGUCAGCAUGGGCGCUCACUCGUGGGGCUGCCAGAUCCUUAUGGCAUUGUGCGUCAUUGUCCACCACCCCCACUAGCUGGUCCUAGCUGGUCACACGGGCGGGUGCUGGAAGGAGAUGGCUGGGCUGUGGGAGGGACGGCUGAGUAGAGACAAACAGGGUUUCUUUCCUCAUAGCUACAUGGCACAUGCUGCAUGCCGGCCUUCUGAAUGAAAGCCCCAAAGCCUAUGUGCAUACAGAGUUGGUAUGGCCUUCAGUUCCCUGGGUCCGUGUGCUAGCAGACGCUUGCUCUUGGCUGAGCCCCAUCCCCAAGCAGGUAGUCUAGGCCGACCCAUCUGGGUCACUCUGCCCCUUUUCAUGGCUCAGAGAUGCCCCCUCUAAAUAUAGCCUAGGGAAGUGAGCUCAGGCCUAUUUUAAGACCAAAUUGGGAGGCCAGGAGGCCUUUCCCAGGAUCCCAAAGGAGCCACUGCUGUCUUUGUCCAGUUCUGCUACUGGGCACUCUCAUCGGGCCCCUGACUACCUAUCAACGCCAUGCCUGAGGAGACCCAAGAAGACACUGUGUUGCCAAUGCAGAACCAGAGGAGCAGGGGAACACUGGCUCCUAACCAUGUGCAGGAGGUACGUCUGCACCGAGUGGAGUCCAUCAGCGACCUACACAGUGGAGGUUCACUCCAGCCCUAUCUGGCUGAAGAGACACAGACGUGGGAAGAGCUUCUGGGUGUCUUGCCAUCAUCAAUGUGUACCCAAGCUGAUUGCAGUCCCAUGUGUGGCCGUGGGGGGUUCCUACUGCUAUUGGCACUGCUAGUAUUCACCUGCCUGGCAUUAGCCAUCCUGGCUGUCUACCUAAGUGUGCUGCAGAGCGAAUCCCUGAGGGUCUUGGCACACACACUGCGCACACAAGAGGAGACGCUGCUCAAAUUGCGCCUGGCUAGCCUCAGUCAGCUAAGGAGGCUCAACUCCAGCGAAGCUCGGGCACCCAGCUGAGAUGCCAUUGUAUGAGGGGGAGAUAGAGGGACCUUUGGCAGGUCUGUUCUCCCACUGGUGGCUAGCGACAUCUACACUACUUCCUUGGUGAGAUUUCUGUACAAGAGCCUGACGUGACUCAAUAGCUUCUGCCUGUCUUGACCUCUUCAGGUUAGGCCUGAUCAAGCCUUCUGGUGCCAAGGCUCUCCUUUGGAUAGCCAAAGGUCAGAGGAUGGGGCACCCAGCCGCCUCCUGGCUCCUCCUAUGGCCUGUCAGCACCCUUUGGCCACCCCCAGAUAGCAG